AAAUGGUACAUUGCCAACAAACUCUUCGGGUCUUCAAGACGAAACUAAUGUUCUUGCGGAAGACUUACAGGAAUCGCUGGAUGAUUUAAUCACAUCCGGGUUAGACCUGGAAGUUGAUGGGUAUACGUAUUCACUGGAUAUUGGCGGUGUUAUUGUGAGUGACGUCAUACUGGUGUGCAUGGACGGGGAAGUCCCCGCGACGAACGGAGAGUGUGCUGUCUGUCCCAGCGGAACGUUUACAAACGAAGACCAGAGCGCAUGUCUUCUGUGUGGUCAGGAUACAUACCAAGAGAAGACUGGACAAUUUGGCUGUUUAGAAUGUCCGGAAGGGACUGUCACAUUCGGACAAGGAGGAGACAACAUUACAAUGUGUUUAGAGCUAUGUGACGCUGGAUACCAAUCUUAUCAUGGCGUGGAACCAUGCGAUCCAUGUCCACUGGGAUUUUAUAAACAGUCCGACAUGAACCCAUGGUGUAAAGCGUGUUCUGAGGAUUAUCCCAAUACAAAAUUAGUUGGGUCGACAUCCGAUGCUGCUUGUCUCAAAUCAGAUCACACUAUGGACGAUAUUGGUAUGAAUUUGUUAUAUGCUACUAUUGCGAUCGGCGUAUGCGGUGUUGUUAUCAUUAUUUUGUCAGUUACUUACUGGCAAUACAGAAAACGUAUCAUGAAACGAAAAGAAAGAAACCCAACGUUGGAAAACGAGCAUAUAUUGGAAAGAGUGUUUGAAAUGAAAGUUGAUCAAAUUGCCAAUUGUCAUUCACCAGUGCGACGACCACUAAAUGGAGUGAUGGACAGCCACUACAAUGAUUCUAUCAGUAGUAUACAUGACAUUCCAACGUCCAGUCCACGAUAUAUGCCCAGACAAGUACGGUUUCGAGACGCCCCGUCUAUCAUAUCAUCGUCGCACUCGGAGACACACUUCAAACCAAUACAUUCAGCAAUAGGUGAAGAAGUAGAGGAAGAGUUGAGUAGUUACCAAAGCGAAGACCGGAAUAGUAUGUCGUCAUAUCAAAAUGAUGUCAGUUCAGAAAUGCUUGUUCUUUCUCCGUCGUCACUUCAAGAUACAUACUUCGAUAGCGACCGACAUAUUCAUGAUUCUAUACGAUACUCGGCAACUAAUGUUCCCGUGCAGAAUCAAAAUACUCUUCCCGAAAUUCCCCCACCAAUGCAGCAAAUCGGUCUCGGGCAACAAUUACAAUCAAGCGACCCAUCCGCCCAUAUAUCUUCUCUGAAAAUGGUUCUUUCAAAAAUAAUUUCAGAAUCCAGCUCUCAAUCGCAGUCACAGCCGGCGAGUUAUCCGCCCGUAGAUUACCAUGACCAUCGGUACUACGACAGGGUUCUGGCGAAUCCCAUCAGAGAACCCGACCUCGAUAUAAUUCAAACAAGAGACAAUACCACUUCCAAUUGGACGAGUAAUUUCCAACUCCGGCGAACACCAACACCGGAAAACACUCUAAUAACAUCACCAGAGCAGCAAGAGUAUCAAUUUGGAAGGCAGCUACUCAACGAUCUUUCACAUUCAUAUGCAGAUUGCGACAAUAACGAAAAUACCAUCCAUUUAUAG